AUGACGGCUACCAAGCCCGCCAAGCGCCUCAAGCUUCGCUUCGACAACCGCACCGGCCCACACCCCAACCCCACCGCCAAGUUCCGCUCCCUCGACGACUUCAUCCAGAUGUACAGCGCGUACCAGUGGACCGAGGGCUUCGAUGUCAAGGCCAACACCGACGGCGCAACCCGUGCCCGCCUCACGUGCGCCACCAACCCCGGUUGCCCGUUCUCGAUCAGCGCCGAUUGGACGACCUUCACCAUCGAGGACGACCCGUCCAUCGCCGGCCAGUCGGGCUUCCGCAUCUCGACGGCCAACUUCCGCCCCUCGCACGACCACCUCGCGCCGUACCUCCCACUCGACGUCCACAAGGAGAACGCGCGCCUCGCGCACCUCGACCCGCACGACCCGUCCGCCACUCGCCCGCCGCCCCUCGUGCCCGUCCCAACCCGCGGCGGAUUCGCCGGCAUGAGUGACGAGGGCAGCACCGACGGCGACGUCAAGCCGCGCUCGUUCGCCGCCCCGCACGCCGCUCGCGAGCCCGAGCCCGAGCCCGUGCCCGCGCACGCGCACGCGCAGCAGGGCUUUGCGGCCUCGGUCCCCUCGGCGGCCGCGACCCCGACCCCGACCCCGACCCUCGCCCACCAGUCGUCGUCGGUCGCGCCCUCGUCGGCCUCGGCGGCGUUCCACGGUCGCGGGACGGCCCCGAAGUCGCCGCCCGACACGGCGUCGUUCUUCACACCGGCGCCUGCGCAGCCGCACGUGCAGCAGUACGUUCACCAGCAGCAGCAGCAGCAGCAGCACGUCCACCACCAGCAUCAGCAGCAGCAGCAGCACUACGCGCCGCCGCCGCACCAGUACCAGCACCAGCCGCAGCCCCAACCGCAGCCGCAGCCGCAGCCGCAGCCCGCCGCACGCGCCGCGUCGACCGCGCCCGGCGCGCCGGCGCUCACGCCCCUGCAGCAGGAGCAGCUCGUCACGCCGCUCGGCCAGUACCUGUCGGACAUUUCGCCCGCCCUGAUCUCGUACCUGUCAGACUUUGCGCACAACGACAUCCCCUUGUCGACGACGGGCCAGGACCUCGUCGACCUCGACUCGGGCCACCCGGACGACCGCACCGUGUUUGACACGGUCAAGGACGUCAGGACCUUGCCCGUCUUUCUCGUCGCGCUCGUCGCAGACGGGACGCGCAAGGCCAAGCUGCGCCAGAUGGCGGCCGCAGGCGGCGGCGGCGGUGGAGCGGGCGCGGGCGCGGGCGCGGGCGCGGGAGGGGGCGUCGACCCGCGCAUCUCGGUCGGGCUCAAGAAGGCGGCGGCCGAGAAGUGGGUCCGCAAGAAGAUGGACGAGGGGAGGGCGGUCCAGCAGGCGCAGCAGGCGCAGAGGGACGGGCCGGCCUUGUCGCGCUUGUGA